GAGCCCGGCUCACGAUCUACGCAAGGGUGUCUAUUGUCUAUUCAUAGGGGCGUCCGCCCGCAACAGCCCACCGGUACCCGUGCGCUUCGUUCAAAAACGUUCGCUGCUUCUGGCCCUCUAGGCUUCUUCUCUUUCGGUUUCUUGCUGUCGCGACGUGUGUUUGACGUGCUCUUUCCUCGCUUUCGUUCGCCAUCACAGUCGUUCGUUCAUGCGCAGGUAGUACGACAGGAUGCGGAGUCACGCUCUUUUGAGCUCUGCUCUUCUGGCAGCUUGCGCGAAUGCCAACCGAUUCCAUAGGAGACUCAAUUCGUCUUCGAUAUCCCCGUCGUUAUCGGUGGACACCUCAACAGAUGGAAGCGGCUCUUCGCAAGCUUCGUCGACCUCAUCCCAGGUCACAAUCACUCGUUUGGCUACGCCGGACAUAUCAUCCACAAUAAGCUCGUCGAGCUCACCUUCGUUGACCUCGGAUUCCUCUGAUACUUCUUCAACCUCUUUCUCGACGUCGAUCAGCGCAGAGACGCACAACUCUACCGUAUCUACCACCAGCUUCACCAGUUCGACCACUUCAUUGUAUUCUUCGAACAGCACAACCAUAGCCAGCACAAAUGCUUCCACUACUAGCCCUGGAAUAUGUACGGGCUGCGUCUUGGAGGCAUAUAACCCCACUAGCACCUGGUUCUCCUCAGAAAUGUCCUCAUCCUGGACCAGUGUCGUGGUCACGGAGACUAUCCUCACCAAGAUGAUCACCUAUAUGACCGGCACUCAGGUCGAGACUGUAGUUACAGAAUUCGAAACCCUCAACCAGACCAAGACGGUCAUGGGCCCCGCUAAUAUGACUAUCACGCAUUCCACUCCUGUCUUCACGGUUACCCCAACAGAUGGUGUGGAACUGACGCUACCUGCGGGCCCGACCUACGUGAUUUAUCAUUCGCUAUAUGGCGGCUUGGAUUUCAACCCAAUCGAGACAGGCAUGCCGAUGGAGACCUAUAUCACCGAAAUUUUUGAGACCGAGGCGCCAGAGCUAACCUGCUCCGCUCAUGUAUCCCAUCUCUACGAUCUUCUGCCUACUCGCACCGAAGACUGGAGCUCUUUUAUUCAGACGGUGUCGGACUCCGGUGGACUUGGCUAUGACACUCCGCUGCCGCUUCCACCUGCUCUUAUUGAGUUCCUAAAACAAGAUCCUGACGUUCAGACUAUCUUCAGCGGCUCCGACAUCGCUACCUGCACACAGCGUCCAACAUCACAGCCGCUCCGGACUACCAAUGUCCUGGUGUCCACUAUCGCUACUCCGCCCAUGGAGACCUUUCCGACACUUUCCCCAGGGCAGCCGACCUUGCCGCCGCCGGUACCCACUCCAAGGAAGAGCACGUAUCUCAGCACGACAUACGAAUCCACGUCCACCCACGUUACUGUCCGCGGUUGUCUUCGCUGCGAUACCGCAGUACCAAAUCCUCCCGUAGGACCUACACAUGGCGAUUCGGGACCCUCACACAACCAACCAAAUCCUACGCCUAAUCCGAACAACCCACCAAAACCGAAUCCCAACACGCCAGGCAUACCGGAUAUUAUAAUUUCUAUCGUGAACAAUCCUGCCUACACGCCGAAUCCCCGGCCGCGGCCCAACAACCCGGAUCAAAGCAUCACGAUCGGUGACAGUGUGUUCAACAUACACCCUGCGCAACCGACUCAACCGAAUCAGCCUAAUGCACAAAAUACCCGCGCUCCAGCUGUAGUCAUAGGUACCAACACGCUCACUCCGGGUCAGACAGCGACCAUCAAUGGCGUUCCUGUGGUGGUUCCUACGGCUGGUGGAGGCUCCACUAUAAUAGUGGAUGGAAGUACGAUUGGAGUAAACCCCGUGCCCACCGGUCCGGCAGUGCUCACAGUUGGCGAUACCACAGUGACGGCAAACCCGCAGGGUCAAUUCAUAGUCGGCACACAGACGCUUAUCCCAGGAGGACCGGCGAUCACGGUUGAUGGGAGCACGCUGAGCUUGGGACCGAGCGGGACUGUUGCAGUGGUCAAUGGUGUCACGCAAACCCUGGGGAGCGCACCCAUAAUUACAGGAGCGCCAGUCUUGACGGUGGAUGGGCAAAUUAUUUCCGCGACUAUAAUUGGUGGCUCGACAAUGUUUGUGCUUGGGCCUGGCCAAACGUUGACUCCUGGUGGUGUUCUCACUGUGGAUGGCACGACUUUCAGCAUGCCUGAAGACGGCUCGGGUUCGACCGUGGUGGUUAACGGUGUUACUUCGACGCUCAACGCGCCCGGACUCCCCGUUCUAACGCUCGACGAUAGCGAGUCGGUUACCGCGACUGUGGAAGGAGGAACGACUGCCUUCAUUUUCGGUCCCGGACAAACUCUGACGCCCGGCGGUGUUAUUACUGUGGACGGCACCACGUUCUCCAUGCCGGCAUCCGCAUCUGGAUCGGUUGUCGUAAUCAACGGCGUCACAUCGACGCUCGGUCAAGGCCCUAUCACGGCGGCAGCAGAUCUUACAAUUAACGGUAAAACAUACACAGCAACAGUCCGCGAUGGAACCACAGAGUAUGUGCUCGGUCCCGGCACGACACUCAGACCAGGCGAAGCCGUCACGAUAUCCGGAACUACAUACUCACUAGAUCCGAAGGGAACGGCCCUAAUCAUUAACGGCAAGACGAGCACCAUACCGAGCAUGCCCGCAAGCAACAGCGCAACGACGACCGGAUCAGGCUCGAACAGCGAGAGCACGUCGGACAGCUCGAGCACCUCGCGCCGAGAUCCGGGUAACUUCAUUGCAAGCGGAAUCGGUAUUUCGAGUAAAGCUGGCGCGGUACCAGGAAGUAGAGGAGGCCUCGAUAAAUGGGCAGAAGGCGCAGUAAUAGGCCUUGCGGGCUGGAUUCUCAUGCUGAUAUAAUGAUCAUGGCAUAACCUUUCUGUUUUACGACUUGCAUUCUAGCGCGGCGUUCAGGGAAAGGUCUGGGGAAAAAGCUCGGGGGUAAUAUCCAUCAGAUCGGAGGUAUAUCUGCGGCC